GAGAUGUCAACGAAAGUAGAUCGUGAAUAAAACGUAACUAGGUGCUCCAAAAGGAAAACAAUUUUCAAUCGUCGCUUAGGCACAAGUAAACGGAAAGGACCACGAUGAAUCCGUAUCAAACAAAAGGUGCUUUGGGUGGAAGAGCUAAGUGCAAAUACCAACGCAAAGGAAGACACUCACAAGUCCAAAUCAAAAAAGAAAUUGAUGUAAAAAUGGAGCCAGGAGAUGGUGUUGAUCUGAUUGCAUACCCACAGUUGUCAUCACAAUCACCAGUCGAAGCCGGCACUAUGACAAAAUCAGAAAGCGAAAGUGAUAUCGAGUAUGUUCCAUACGAUGCUGACUGUGUGAAGGACGAGAUCAAAUCGGAGGAAGAGGAAUGUUUGAAGAAAAAGCAUGAUGCAGCACCGAAGGCAAGCUCAAACGAAGGUGGAAAUGAUGAUCCAAUUGGCGAUGAUUUAUGCAAUGAAAGACCAAAUUCAAGCAACAAUCGUAAACAGCAUGCAAAAGGAAAGAAGCCAAAAGGCGGAAAAUCAAAGGGUUCCAAGAAACCAUCGAAUGGUCGAGCCACCAUUGGACAGAAAAAGCACAAAUGUCAUUUCUGUGAUUAUGUGACAAAAAAGAAAUCAAAUCUCACAACACACAUUCGAAGGCAUACGGGCGAAAAGCCCUUUGAAUGCAAAGUAUGUGCCAAGGCUUUUUCUCAAAAGAGCAAUUUGAAAAGCCAUAAGAAAAUCCACGGACCAAAAUAUCAAUUUCGUUGUUUGAAAUGUGGUCAGCGAUUUGCCGAAGAAGCUGAAAAACAAUCACACGAAGAGGGAUGUAACCCUCGACGAUACGAAUGCUAUCUCUGUGAAUACAAAUCCUACAAAUCCUUCCACCGUGGUUAUUUGAAGUAUCACAUGCGAUUGAAGCACACUGAUGAUAAACCAUUUCAAUGUGCUGCUUGUGGAAGGAAAUUCGUUUAGAAAGGUAAUUUCAACCGACAUUUGGCAAUACAGUGCAAACUUCGCCCAUACCGCUGCACACAAUGCCAUCGACCAUUUGCUAAGGUAGACGAUAAAGAUCAACAUCAAGUGCAAUGCAAACGUCGUUGCUAUCAAUGCUACCUUUGUAAAAAGAUCAUGCAAUA